AUGUCAGCCAAGAGGGCAGAAUUCGAGAAAACAGGCUUGGGCAAGAACUACAAGACAGUUUACCUGGAAUUGAAGCCAGAGCCAUCCCAGAUGUGUGAUUACAAAGGAGUUAAACACCAAGGUCCAUUCAACAAAUCAGGAAUAACACAUGAACUGAAGAGUGAACUCAGGGAGGUGAGAGAAGAGCUCAAGGAAAAAAUGGAAGAGAUAAAACAGAUAAAAGAUGUAAUGGACAAAGAUUUUGAUAAACUUCAUGAAUUCGUGGAAAUCAUGAAGGAAAUGCAGAAGGAUAUGGACGAGAAGAUGGAGGUUUUAAUAAAUAUACAGAAGAACAACAAGCUUCCCCUGCGAAGAGGAUGGACGGAGCACGAGGAACUGAUGGGCAAGAGCGAAGCGGACCCUGGGCUCAGGCUCAAGAAGAUGGACGCAGCUGGCGCCGCGGUCUUGUCUCUCCACAAGAACACGGUGGUGUCACCCAAACCCAAACAGGAGCUGCCGGACUCCCUUCCUCAGUGUAGGAGCUGCUGCCGGGAAACUUCCAUGCCAGGCCUGGGAACCCUUUUCAUCCUUGGCAUCUGGAGCUGCUUUCUAAUUUAUCUUUACCUCCGCUGUGAUGAGAUGGAGUACGUGCCUCCCACCUAGCCAGCAGCCCCGGACCAUCCUCGAGCUGUGCAGCCAGGGCUUGUUGCCCCCUUAAACCAGCACCGGUGCCCAGGCCUCCACUAGGA